CAGCGCGGCUCGGGCGGGUGGGGAGGAGGGGCUGGUCUCCGAGCGCCCGCCCCUCCAUCUAUCACAUGGCCGGAGAGUCACAAAAACAACAGCUUUGGCCAAGACCGUGACUUCAGGAAAGGGAACCCAGGGCCCUCACAGCCAGCCCCCUCCCCAUGGAGGACAGUUUUCUUGAAUCCUUUGGGAGGCUGAGCCUCCAGCAGCAGCAGCAGCAGCCCGCGCCGCAGCAGCGGGUUCGGCCGCCGCCCCCGCGGGGGACACCUCCGCGCCGCUUUAGGAAACACCUCUACCUUCUGCGAGGCCUCCCGGGCUCCGGGAAAACCACACUGGCCAGACAAUUGCAACAUGACUUUCCCAGGGCCCUGAUUUUCAGCACGGAUGAUUUUUUCUUCAGGGAAGAUGGUGCCUAUGAGUUCAAUCCUGACUUCCUGGAGGAAGCUCAUGAAUGGAACCAAAAAAGAGCGAGAAAAGCAAUGAGGAAUGGCAUAUCCCCCAUUAUUAUUGAUAAUACCAACCUCCACGCCUGGGAAAUGAAGCCCUAUGCAGUCAUGGCACUUGAAAAUAACUAUGAAGUUAUAUUCCGAGAACCUGACACUCGCUGGAAAUUCAACGUUCAAGAGUUAGCAAGAAGAAACAUUCAUGGAGUUCCAAGAGAAAAAAUACUCCGAAUGAAAGAACGGUAUGAACAUGAUGUUACCUUUCACAGUGUUCUUCAUGCAGAAAAGCCCAGCAGAAUGAACAGAAACCUGGACAGAAAUAAUGCAUCACCUUCCAACAAUGCGGGAUACUGGAAUACCUAUUCAGAAUCUCCAAACCGGAGGGCUCAUGGCAGCUUCACAAAUGAGAGCUCCUUUAACAGAAGGGGUGGCUAUCACCAUGGAUAUUAGAGGCCUGUCUUACAGCCAUUCAAAAUUUUCCUAAAUCAAUUUUUACUUCGAUUUUUGGUAUUUAUUCUUUGUUGUUUUAGUCAGAGCUCUGAUGCCUGUGUAAAUAGUUGAACUCAAGUUUCUGAGCAGAAGUCAUUGUUAUUCGUUAUCUUCAACAAGCAUUUGUUAAAGUGCUCAUGGCUAUAUGCAUGGUCUGAUGCUGGGAAUUCUGCAGAUUUAAUUAAACAGCUUCUUUCUAUAGGGAAAGAAUUUGAAACCAAAACCUGAGAACAUACCCAAGAAAAUAACCAAUUACAUAGGUUCAUAAAUGAAAUGUUUAUAUUAUACAUGUGCUUAAGUACCACUUUCUCAGAAAUAAUCUAUUUUCUCAGGAAAUUAGUCUCCGUCAGGAAAGUUGGAAAGGUGGGGGAGAAGUGGAGGGCAGGAAGCUGUUGUUAGUGCCAUUGCUACUUCGUAUCCACAGAUGUUCAGAUGUGUGACUCUAAUGAUGAUACCGAUUUUCCUUUAGAAUAUGCUAGAAAGAAUACAUGUAAGGGAACAAUGUCCUUCAAAGUAGACAUAUUGGGAAAGCAUCCUUUAUUUUAAUAAUAUAUCCCUGUUAAAAAUAUCCGUGUAAUCCUUAAUAGCUAUAUAGGUUAUCAGGGAAAAUCAGUGUCAUUAUUUAAAGUCAUACUUUGUGUUUUAACUUCCACUUUAUUCAACAGGAUUAAACCUGAACAAAUUUUGGCUGUUGUGCUAAUUGUGUAAAUAAAAUAAACCUGCCUUCAUAAAACACCAAUUUUUAAGAUGGAUAAUUAAGCAACUUCUAAAAUUAUGUCUAUAAAUGUGUGCAAUUAGUUGGCAGCUCAAAUGUUUGGGAGUGCAAUGAAUUAAGCACCUCCAGAUGCAGGUCACGCAGGGAUAUGUAAAAGCCAUGCUCAUUACAAAAUGAGCAGUUGAUGUUUUAUGUGGCAUUAUUUAAAACAAUAAAGUUUUACUAUAACUCCAGAAUGUCCCUCUUACACUGAUCACCGAAUUUAUGAAUCUACAUUAGAUUAAUUUGGUGUGGGGCCACGAUGAACAAGACCAUGCAGGAUGUAUGUGCUACUUCUUCUUGUAGGCCAGCAGCUUCUUUUUAAUGUUCUGUGAAGCAUUAUUUUAAGUGUCCUCUAUGAUGGUGCUUUUAUGGUUAUUAAAAAUUGUACGUAG